AUGCGUGAAAUCGACCCGUUGGUCUUUGAGUAUGAGCAUGACAGACAUCGCCCCAGGGAGUCCGAGGCCCUCCUGAUCCUUCGAAAGGUAGCCUCCCUCGUCAAACCGAUCAUGCGUCGUCGAGACUGGAAGGUUGGCACACUGUGUGAAUUCUACCCUCAGCAGUCCAACCUUCUGGGCCUCAACAUCAACGCGGGUCAGAAGAUCUGCCUCCGGCUUCGCUAUGCCUCCGACCAGCGUCAGUUCAUACCUAUCGAACAAGUCGUUGACACCAUGCUCCACGAACUCUGUCAUAUCGUGCAUGGACCGCACAAUCAGCAAUUCCACGCGCUCUGGAACCAACUCCGCGAUGAACAUGAGGAGCUGGUCAUGAGAGGAUACACCGGCGAAGGCUUCCUGUCUGAAGGGAGAAAGCUCGGCGGCCGCAGAAUACCUAUCGACGAAGCUCGGCGGCAGGCUCGCGCAGCGGCCGAGCGGAGACGAACGUUGCCUGCAGGCUCUGGGCAACGGCUCGGGGGAGCGCCUAUCCUGCGGGGCACGGACAUGCGCAGAGUCAUCGCUGAUGCUACCCAGCGACGUAUAGAGGUCACGAAUGGCUGCGCUUCAGGCACAGACAACAGUGUGGAACUUGCGGAGGAGGCGUCGCGGAAUGGGUUCCGAACAAAGGCCGAGGAGGAGGACGCCAACGAACAGGCGAUCAUGCAGGCGUACAUCGACCUGAUCGAGCAGGAGGAGCGCGAGAGAUACGGUCCUUCCUACAUCCCACCCAGUCACGAGAACCCAGCUGGGCCUCGAUCGACGCUAUCUCCUCCGCCCGUCCCGCCGCCGUCCACUCGGCCGACCCUCCCGUCACAACCACCGGAGCCUGCUGAUCUUACAUCCGACGACAGUCUGUACGAACAGCCAUGGGCAUGCGCUGUGUGUACAUUGGAGAACCCACCCAACUUCCUAUGCUGCGACGCCUGCGCAUCCGAACGACCACGGCCAAAGACCACGCGGACCGUAUCAGGACCAACGACCACACAUCCUGGAGCUACGGAGACGCGAAAUAAGAACAAGCGCCCGCUCAGCCAGACGGCCUCGCAGAGUUCCUUCCAGAAUCGCACCCGUGCGGUUGAGAGUCUGGCGGCCCUGGAAAGGAACGCUGCCAAACGCCCGCUUGGCUGGCUGUGUGAUUGGUGUGGCGCCUUCAUGGAGGCAGAAUGGUGGACUUGCUCAAGUUGUGGGAAGAUGAAGCCGAGCUCAUAA